AUGGCCUCUCGUCCCACCGUCAACGUACGCUCUACGUCUGGAGAGGCCUCUAGCUCUCUCCCGCUGCCUGCGGUCCUUACCGCCCCCAUUAGGCUCGAUGUUGUGCAGCAAGUGCACAAGAGCAUUGCCAAGAACAAGAGGCAGGCGUACGCCGUGAGCGAGAAGGCUGGCCACCAGACCAGCGCUGAGUCCUGGGGUACCGGUCGCGCGGUUGCGCGUAUCCCCCGUGUUGGUGGUGGAGGAACUCACCGCUCCGGCCAGGCUGCCUUCGGUAACAUGUGCCGUGGUGGUCGCAUGUUCGCCCCCACUAAGACCUGGCGCAAGUGGCACGUCAAGGUGAACCAGGGCCAGCGCCGCUUCGCCGUUGUCUCUGCACUUGCCGCGUCCGCGCUCCCGUCGCUGGUCCUCGCCCGCGGUCACCGCAUCGAGGAAAUCGAGGAGGUCCCUCUCGUUAUCUCAUCUGAGGUUGAGUCGUUCGCAAAGACAAAGCAGGCAGUCGCGCUCCUCAAGUCUCUCAAGGCAUACACCGAUGUCGUCAAGGUUUCGAACUCCCGCAAGCUCCGUGCCGGCAAGGGUAAGCUGCGCAACCGCCGUCACCGCCAGCGCCGUGGUCCCCUCGUCGUCUACAACGAGGACAAGGGUAUCGUCAAGGCGUUCAGGAACCUGCCUGGUGUUGAGCUUGUCAACGUCAGGAGGCUCAACCUCCUCCAGCUCGCCCCUGGUGGUCACCUUGGCCGUUUUGUCAUCUGGACCGAGGGUGCGUUCGGCCUCCUCGACGAGGUAUUUGGCACCUUCGACAAGGCAUCCCUUCUCAAGAAGGGCUUCACUCUGCCGACGGCCAAGAUCAGCAACCCUGACGUUACCCGCCUCAUCAACAGCACUGAGAUCCAGUCUGUCGUCCGCGAGGCGAACGCCAAGAUCCAAAAGCGCCCUUGGACGCAGCGCAAGAACCCCUUGGUGAACAAGGGCAUUCUGUUCCGCUUGAACCCCUACGCGAAGACACUCCGCAGGCAGGAACUCCUCAAGCAGGAGCGCGUGAAGGCGCAGAAGGAGAAGAAGAAGCCGAAGGCACCUAAGGCUGCUGGCGAGGCUUUCUUGAGCACGUUCUUUGCCCCGUAA